AUGCGUAGAAGGAAUUUCGUCGCGCUCGGUGUUUCGUUCACGGGCGCGGCGCUCGCCGGCGCCGGAACGGCCAAUGCCCAGGACUUCCCCAACAAGCCGAUCACCAUCCUCGUGGGCUACGCCGCGGGCGGAAACAUCGACGUGACGGCUCGCACGGUGGGGCAGGCGCUGUCGACGGUGCUGGGCCAGCCGGUCGUCAUCGACAACCGCCCCGGCGCCGCCGGCCUGAUCGCCCAGACCGCCGUCGCGAAGGCAAAGCCCGACGGCUACACCUUGGUGCUCUCGGGGACGACCGGCUUCGUGCUGGCGCCGCGCCUCGUGCCGACGCCGCCCUACACGCUGGACGAUUUCGUGGGUAUCGGCUCGACCUCGGAGACGCCGCUGGUGCUCGAGGUGCCGGCCAACAGCCGCUUCAAGACCUUCGCCGAGUUCGCGGCCUACGCCAAGGCGAACCCCGAGGCGAUCGCAUCGGCCAUACCGGCAACGGCACGACCAACCAUGUCGCGAUCCUGCGUCUGCAGCAGAUGCUGGGCGCGAAGUUCACGCCGGUUCCCUACAAGGGCUCGGCGCCGGCCAUCACCGAUCUUCUCGGCAGCAACAUCGACGCCAUCAUCGACCAGAUCCCGAGCUCGAUCGGCCAGCUCCGCUCCGGCGCCUUCAAGCCGCUGGCGGUGA